AUGGAAAAUAUCCAGAUGCUUAACGCACUUGGAAGUUGGGAUCUAUUCGCCAUUUUCUUGGUCCUGACAUACCUCUUUCGAAGCAAGCCAUGGAGCAAAUCAAGCAGCGACAGCAUUAUCAAGCAAGACCAGCGAGAAAAGACAGAUGAGUCGCGAGACUUUAUCAAAGUCAUGGAUGAUGAGCAAAAGGACUGCAUCGUAUUCUUUGGCUCUCAAACUGGUACAGCUGAAGCCUACGCCUCCCGCUUGACCAAAGAGGGCAAAUCUCGUUUUGGGCUCGAAACUAUGGUGGCCAAUCUGGAGGAUUAUGACUACGAGAACUUAGACCAACUGCCCAGCGACAAGGUUGCAAUCUUCCUCCUUGCAUCCUACGGAGAGGGUGAACCAACUGACAACGCUGCCGACUUUUACAGCUUCAUCAGCAAUGACGAUCCUUCUUUCAGCCAAGGCACUUCACUCGACCAACUCCAUUAUACCGCUUUUGGAUUGGGCAACAAAACUUACGAACAUUAUAAUGCGGUAGUGAGGAAGAUAGUCGCCGCCUUUGACGCCCUAGGCGCUUCGAGAAUUGGCAACGUUGGCGAGGGUGAUGACGGAUCAGGGACUACGGAAGAGGAUUUCAUCGCCUGGAAAGAAGAUAUGUGGACAGCUUUGGCAUCCAAGAUUAAUCUCACCGAAGUUCAAAGCACCUACGAACCGACUUACAGCAUCGUUGAAAACGAGAAUCUGACCUCUGAGUCCGUUCAGGUGUAUACUGGAGAGCCCAACGAGUCCCACCUGUUGGGUGAGUUCAGGGCAGGUCAUGGGCCAUUCAACAGUCACAAUCCAUACAUCGCCCCUAUUUCCGCCUCUUGGGAGCAUUUGUCCGUGAGAGAGGAGUCACGUAGGUAUAUUCAUAUCGACGUUGACGUCAGUGGUUCUGCACUAGAAUACGAGGCAGGUGAUCACUUAGCUGUGUGGCCUUCAAACCCGACUCAAGAGGUCGAUCCUCUCUUGCAGGUUUUGGGUCUAUAUGAGAAGAGGCACCAAGUCGUUAGUAUCAAGAGUAUGGAUGCUGUCAACAAGAUUCCGUUUCCAAUACCAACAACGUACGAUGCCAUCAUGCGCUAUUAUCUGGAGAUCUGUGGCCCUGUCUCGCGCCAGUUUCUCGCUGAUCUUAUUCCAUUCUCACCCAACGAGACAGCGAAGAAAACCAUUACCAAGAUCAGUAGCGAUAAAGAACUCUACCAUUCAGAAACACACUUUCUCAAUCUCGCUCGCCUUUUACAAAGUAUAGGAGACGGUGCCACAUGGCCAACAAUUCCAGUGUCCUUGCUGAUCGAAAACGUCCCCAAACUACAACCUCGCUUCUAUUCCAUAUCAUCGUCUCCACUUGCACAGCCUACAACUGUAUCGAUUACGGUGGCUGUGAAGUCUGAUCUGGUUCCCUCUCGAGAGACGCAAGAUCCGUUUCGUGGAGUAGCCUCUAACUUUCUACUUGCAUUACAUCACGAUCGUGUCGAUGAGCCCCAAGAACCGGGCUUUUCCUACGAUGUUGAGGGACCUCGGCAACGAUAUGCUGGAGGUCAUGUUCCAAUUCAUCUACGCCACUCCACCUUCAAGCUACCUAAAGAUCCCUUACGGCCAAUUAUCAUGGAGUACGAAUCAAACCUCGAUGGAAAGUUCAGGCUCUUGACGGCCUUUUCCAGAGAAACCAAUGAGAAAGUGUACGUGCAACACAGGCUCAAGCAGGCUGCUGCUGAAGUCUAUGGGCUCCUAGAGCAAAAGGCUCAUGUAUAUGUUUGUGGUGACGCGGUACGUAUGGCUAAAGAUGUAAGCCAUACUUUUGUCGAGAUCAUUGCAGAAGGAUGUGGUGUAGGGCUCACAGAGGCCGAGGAGGUAUUGAAAGAUAUGAGGGCCGAGAACCGUUAUCAGGAAGAUGUUUGGGCAUAG